AUGUCAGUGGCGAAGGCACACCUCCGGAUCGCCCGUCCCUCCGAUAAUCUUGAGGCACUUUUGCCGUUCUAUCGAGACGGCCUCGGCUUUGACCUACUCUUUCGUUUUAAUGGCCAUGAUGGAUUUGAUGGCAUGAUGCUUGGUCAUAAGAACGCGGGCUAUCAUCUUGAGUUUACAUCUGCCGACGGCCAUAAAGCGGGACGCGCGCCUACAGCCGACAACCUGCUCAUCUUUUACCUUCCAAAAGAGGAAGAUUUUCAGCUAGCUAUUGAGCGGAUGCAGACGUGCGGCUUUGCACCGGUAACCAGCUUCAAUCCAUACUGGGAUAUGCAUGGCAAGACCUUUGAGGAUCCGGAUGGCUACCGGAUUGUAUUCGCCAACAUGGACGUGCCUGUAUAA